CUGACAAGUCGUUGGGGUUCUCGUACAAAUAAAGCGAGGCUCGCUGCUUGGCUCCGUUGGCGUUCGGGAGCUAUCACUUCUCAAGUACAUGAGCCUACCAGCAGAUAACGGAGCGCAGUUUUAGACAGGUCAACACACGAAACACACACCAUCAUUCGAGUGAACAGACUUCGAUCACAAUGGAGUCAGUCAAGAAGGGUGAAACCCUCAUCGCGACUCCCAAAUGGUUCAUCGGCCUGCGAGUUGCGCAGAUAGUCAUUUCUUUGAUCAUUGUAGCCUUGGCUGGCUUCUUCAUCCACGGCUACUAUCAUGAUGCUUUAGGUAUUGCGAUAGCGUCUGGUGUUUUGACGUGGAUCAUCGCGCUGUAUGCGAUCCUCACCGAACAUUCGGCUGGGUGUCGCCCAGGUUACAACACGUGGGCGGUUCUGUCUUUGGACUUCCUCAUGAUCGUUCUCUGGUUGGCAAGCUUAGGAGCCAACGCUGCCUUCCGAAGCAGUUUCAUUUAUUCAGUUAAUGCCGAUUGCUACUCGGAUGGCUCGACCAUAAACUCUGGGCACUGUGUUGUCUACAAGCGUGCAGCUGUCGCAACUCCAACGGGCCUCGCUGUGCUCUCAUCUGUGGCCGGUGUCAGCGCCAUCCCACUUCUCCUCUUCGUCGUCACUUUCGCCUAUGUUGCUCAUUUCUUCCGUUUGGAAUGGGCAAAGUACAGCAGCGAUGUCGAAAAGGCCUCCGGUCUUCCUACUGCCACUCCCGUCCAAGCCGCUCAAUCCCAAGCCUUUAUUCCCCAGCAGCAACAGGCGCAACCUCAGUGGGCUCAGCAACAACACCAGCCCACCAACUAUGCUGCGCAGAAUCCUGCUUAUGACCCCUAUAUGCCACAGCAGAACACCGGAUACGCCGGCGCUCAUUACAACCAGCCCGCAGCGCAAGAAGUGCAGGGCAGCCCUUAUACCCCUCAAGGCACACCAGCUCCAGGUCAACCAUACUACCCUCCGCAGUAAACUUUAUUGGAGCUUUUGGUUUCUCGACUAGGGUUGGCGAAAAUAUGCAUAAUGUUUCCUUCAAUUUAUCAGAUUAGACGCAUCGCUACUUAUAAACGCAUGAUGCUAGCAAGGCGUUGGGGUGAUCACAGUUGUAUGGCUAAUAAUUACUAAGUAAAAAACAAUGAAAACAGUUCAAAUACAAUGGCCAUUAAUAAGAGCUGUCAUCUCAGUCUAUUGUCUAGUAAUGUUUCACAUCUAAUCAGGAUAAUGCAGGUCAGGUAGUG